AUGGAAAGUCUGCGGCUUGCUGGAGUUGACGGUGCCUAUCGGGGCCGGGUUGAAAUAUUGGUCGGAGGCGAGUGGGGCACAAUUUGUGAUGACGGAUGGGAUGCCAAUGAUGCUCAAGUGGUUUGUCGUAUGUUAUCGCUAGUUGGUGGCGAACCUGUCAAAAGCGGUUGGUUUGGAAAAGGACAAGGUGCUGUAUUGAUGAGUCAGGUAGACUGCCAGGGAAACGAAUUCUCCAUCUUUGACUGCGAUUACGAGGAAAGUAAUUGGUGUUCACACCAACACGACGCCGGAGUUAUCUGCGACAAACCGGAUAACGUUCUUUAUAAAAUUUGUCUUUUUGUUAUCUCUCCAAAACCCUGUGCCAACACCUGUUUACUCGCUCCUCCUCCUCCUUCUUCUUCUUCUUCACCUCCUCCUCCUUCUUCUCCUCCUUCUCCUCCUCCUCCUCCUUCUUCUUCUUCUUCUUCUUUGUUCCUGUCUAUUUCCAUCCGGCUCACAGACGGGGAUAACAAGACAUUUGGUCGAGUGGAAAUUUACCACGAUAAUCUGUGGGGCACUCUGUGUGACAGUCUCUGGGAUGAUUUAGACGCCAGCGUUGCUUGUCGAAUGUUGGGUUUCAAGCUGUCUCUUUCUCUUUGUCUAUUCCCAAUCAAUUCUUUCUUUCUUACUUUCUUUCUUUCUUUCUUUCUUUCUUUCUUAAUUUCUUUCUUUCUUUCUUUCUUUCUUUCUUUCUUUCUUUCUAUCUCUUGUGGUCUCUUUUUCUUUGUUUAUUCCCAAACACCUUUUAUAUCUAUCUAUCUAUCUAUCUAUCUAUCUAUCUAUCUAUGUCCUGUUCAUAUCAGUCUAUUUGUCUAUUCGUCUAUAUCCCGUUCAGGCUGUCUAUUUUUAUCUAUACCCAAUCACCUUUUCUUUCUUUCUUUCUUUCUUUCUUUCUUUCUUUCUUUCUUUCUUUCUUUCUUUCCCCUGUUCAUAUCAGUGUAUUUAAAUAUAUUCGUCAAUAUACCGUUCAGUCUGUUUCUUUCUCUGUCUCCCUUCCCAAUCACUUUAUCUAUCUAUCUAUCUAUCUAUCUAUCUAUCUAUCUAUCUAUCUAUCUAUCUAUCUAUCUAUCUCUCUAUAUCUAUAUCUAUAUCUAUAUAUAUAUAUAUAUAUAUAUAUAUAUAUAUAUAUAUAUAUAUAUAUAUAUAGAAUGUUUAUUCGUUUCUGUCUCCUUCAAAGUGUCUAUUUCUAUUUGCCUAUUCGCAUCACUGUUUCUAUCUAUGUAUUUAUCUAUCACCUGUUCCUAUAAGACUAUCUAUUCGUUUCAAUCAACAUGUGUACCUAUUCUCAUCUAUCCCUAUUCUCUUUUAUGUCUAUCUAUCUAUCUAUCUAUCUAUCUAUCUAUCUAUCUAUCUAUCACCUUUUAUGUCUGUCUAUCUAUCUAUCUAUCUAUCUAUCUAUCACCUGUUCCUAUAAGACUAUUUAUUCGGUUCAAUCAACAUGUGUACCUAUUCUCAUCUAUCCCUAUCCUCUGUUUUUAUUUUUUGAAAUAUCUAUCUAUCUAUCUAUCUAUCUAUCUAUCUAUCUAUCUAUCUAUCUAUCUAUCUAUCACCUGUUCCUAUAAGUCUAUCUAUUCGUUUAUGUCUAUCUAUCUAUCUAUCUAUCUAUCUAUCUAUCUAUCUAUCUAUCUAUCCGUAUCACUCAAAUAUUUACCUAUUCUCAUAUGCUCAUCUUUUCCUUAUUCUCACUAA